GAAAAUAUAGCACAGUAUACACAGUUCUGCAACUUGAUUAUUUUUUGUUAAUAAUUGAAUUUGGCGAUCUUAUUUGUCAACACGUGAAGAAUUUCCCCUUUUACUUUUUUUAUAGCUUUAUGGUAUUCUACUAUGUGGAUGGAUUUAACUGGUCCCCUAUUUAUUGACACUUGAGUAAUUUCACCUUUUUCUGUUAAAAUAGUGCUGCAAUGCAUAAUCUUCUUCUCUAUGAUUUCUAGGCAUGAUGAUGUAUCUGUAGGAUAAAUAAUCAGAAGUAGGAUUGUAACAUGGAUAGAUAUUUUACCUCCACGGGAUUUAUAAGGAAGUGUUGUUGAUCUUCAUUAUACAUUUGGGAAAAUUUGGAGAAGUGUCACUUCCACAUCACUGAGAAUCAGACUUCUCAGUUCCCCACCUCAAACCUAGAGAAACCAGCCACUCCUAGUUCACAGUCAGGGAGGGCGGUUCAUAUUGUAGGUGGAGACUUGAGAUGAGCAGAACUACUGUAUCACUAAAGGAAUAAUAGACUUGGCUCAGGUUUUGAGCAAAAGACAGCCCAGCUGUACUUCCCUCUCCAGAAACUGAUGAGGCAGCCUAUAGACUGAAGGAGAGACGGUGGAGGACUGUGGAAAUGGGAGGAUAAAGGGCAUGAGGGAAGGGGUGUGUUGUCCUUAUUCACACCUGUAGCAGCAGAGCCUGAUGCACUGAGAGAUUCAGACAUAUCUGUUACAUCUUGCCAUUGGGUGGUUUCACUGCUCCUCUUCUUCCCUGCAAAGUUCCCUUCCCAUGACAGUUUUCAGCUGGGCUAUCUUAAAACUGAACUGAUAGGAAGGAAAUUAGGUCUAAUGUGGAAGAAACCACAUAAAAAUGUAGGUAUUUUUGGGGGUGGGGAGUGGUAUUCAAUCUUUUCUCUUCUCCCCAUCUCCUCCCAUGGGGUGUAUUGGAGAUCAACUUCCUCCACCCCUUCAAGGUUUAACAUUCCCACUCUGCCCUCCUCCUGUUCCCGACCCCCUUCCGCCCCCUCCUACCCCUGCCAAUGGAGAUCUUCGUGGAUGAUGAGACAAAGCUGAGGCUGCAUGGGUUGCAGCAGUGCUACAUGAAACUGAAGGAUCAGGAGAAGAACCGGAAGCUCUUUGACCUUCUGGAUGUCCUUGAGUUCAAUGAGUCACACCCACCCUCACAGACAAACACACACACAGAACCGAGUGGUGAUCUGGUGAAGUCUGUGCAGCGUUGCAUUGUCCUCACCCAGUGCCUGGUGGAGCAGAACUUCCCAGCCAUUGCCAUCCACCGAGGGAUGCUCCAGGAGGAGAGGCUUUCUCGGUAUCAACAGUUUAAAUAUUUUCAACGACGAAUUCUUGUGCCUACCAACCUAUUCAGCCGAGGCAAGGACAUGGAGCAGGUGAACAUUGCCUUUAACUGUGACAUGCCUGAGGAUUCUGACACCCACCUGCAUCAGUUGAACGGACGCCGUAAAGGACUUACCCACCCAUUCUGGAAUGUGACAGCUGUCUCUCUUCAGGAGAUGACACCGGGGUAGGAGCAAAGGAGACACUACUGCCACCUACCACUGACAACCCCCAACCCCCACCUCACGGCUUCCCUCUUUUGCGUCACCACCAGUCCUAAACCUCCAUUUCCUGAUUUGUCAGAACUUUUUUUCAACAAAACUAAAAAACACAUGCA